AUGACCGAUAGAAUCAAACUUCUUAUUCAGAAGCGGACUUCUUUAAAGUCACAAAUCACCAACCUAACGAACUUACUCGAAAAAGAUCGACAUGGUCAUCAUGACAAGGCCGCGUUGAAGGCGCGCAUGGAUCGCGUCACCGAGCUUUUCCAUGCAUACGAAGAUUACAAUGACGAAUUGUUGACGCUAGAUUCGAACGAAAAUCAUAAAGACGAAUUCGCGAAUGUCCAAGAUAGGUUUUAUUCACUCCUUAUCAGAGUCAGAACUUUAACAGAUUCCAUACAGUCCGUCGCAAAUACAAGCAUGGGUAUCGAUGCGCCUUCUCCCGUUGAUACAGCCUCUACAGUCGUGAAUCACAAAAUGAAAUUACCUAAAGUAUCGUUGCCAAAUUUCGACGGAUCAUAUGAGAAGUGGUUGUCAUUUAAGAAUGCCUUCAUCGCAAUGAUAGACUCGCGCACGGAUUUGUCGGACGUCGAAAAGUUGCAAUAUUUGCAAUCAGCAGUAACCGGUGAAGCAGCUAACAAAAUUAAAAUAUUGUCGAUCGAGAGCGCGAACUAUUCCAGAGCUUGGGAAUUAUUAAAACGUGCGUAUGAGGUGAAGCGUAUUAUUAUCUCGCGCCAUCUCUCAUUGAUAAAUAAUUUGCCAAUAUUAGAAAAGGAAACUACUGAGGGCUUAUCCAAGCUCGCCGACGACGCGCAACAACAUGUCGCUUCCUUGGCCGCGAUGGGAGUUAGCAUAGGAUCGGAGAUGCUCGUUAAUAUACUCGAAAGAAAAUUACCGAAGAAUACCGCCGAUAAGUGGGAAGAAACGCUUGGACGCGACGAGUUUCCGAAAAUCGACGAGCUUUAUGAAUUUCUAUAUCGAUCCGCGGUUCGCGUGUCUAAGCGUGUUCGCCCAGAAGCAUCUAGACUCGACGACAAGAGUUCAUCCUCAGUUAAAAAACCACGUACAUCUAACAAAGCCUUUGCAAUCAAUACGGCGAACAGUUGCAUAGCAUGUAAAAACAAGCAACAUCCGUUAUAUAAAUGCGAUAAAUUCAAACAGUUGGAUGCUUCUAAGCGCAUUGAAAUCGUAAGAAACGCCAGGCUUUGUUAUAACUGCUUGCGUUCGCAUAAGGGCAAACCUUGCAAUUAUGCGAACUGCACGAUUUGUCAGAAGCGACACAAUACGCUUCUACAUCUUGACAAAUAUCCGUCCGUCACGACGAAAAUCGACGCAGCAGAUUCGAAAACGGAUAAGACUUCAUGA